GCAGUGGCGCGGGCUCCGCGGAGGCAGCGCGGGGCGUGGGGCGCGGUGGGUCAGGCCACCCCCUCCGCGCGCGGCCCGUKGCGGCUUUUCAGAGGGAGGGGGAGGGAGGCGGACGCGACCAGGACUCGACGUCGACAACCGCACCGCCCGCGAUGGGAAGUGUCUUAUAAAGCCGCCGCCGGGCCGGACAGACCGACUUUUGUCGCGGCGGCGCCCGGAUCGCGGGCAGCACCGGGAGUGCGCGCAGAGACCGGGCAGACGCGGGAAGACUCCUGCAGCUCCGGCAGCCCCAGGACAGACCUCAGACCCCAGUACGACCYCGGCUGGGGACAGACCCCGGCUGGGGACCGACCCAGGUCGACUCCAGUCUCGCACAGACGCGGGUCCCUGCGGAUCCCGGCCCUUGACGCACUCGAGACCAGACGCACCCGGCCGGACCCCAGCUCCAAACAGACCCCCGGCGCGGGCGCGCCUCCUGCCGGCGGGCGGGCAGGCAGGGGCCGAGGGCGCCCCCGGCGGCCAGGGCAUGCCAGGCCCGCGGUAUGGCCUCGGCGGUGUUUGAGGGCACGUCGCUUGUGAACAUGUUCGUGCGCGGCUGCUGGGUGAACGGCAUUCGCAGGCUCAUCGUCAGCCGGCGCGGCGACGAGGAGGAGUUCUUCGAGAUCCGCACGGAGUGGUCGGACCGCAGCGUGCUCUACUUGCACCGCAGCUUUGCCGACCUAGGCCGCCUGUGGCAGCGCCUCCGCGACGCCUUCCCCGAGGACCGGCCCGAGCUGGCGCGCGGGCCGCUGCGGCAAGGUCUGGUUGCCAUAAAGGAUGCACACGACAUAGAGACCAGGCUCAACGAGGUGGAGAAGUUGCUCAAGACGAUCAUCAGCAUGCCGUGUAAAUAUUCUAGGUCUGAAGUUGUGCUCACCUUCUUCGAAAGAUCUCCGCUGGACCAAGUAUUAAAAAAUGAUAAUGUACAUAAAAUUCAACCCAGCUUUCAAAGUCCGGUCAAAAUAUCAGAAAUCAUGAGGUCCAAUGGAUUCUGUUUAGCAAACACAGAAACGAUCGUCAUUGACCACAGUAUACCAAAUGGAAAAGACCAGCACCUGGGCGUGGAUCCUGCAGAGCAUCUGUUUGAGAAUGGUGGGGAGUUCACCUCAGAGCUGGAGAACGGCGACGACCCAGCAGCUUAUGUCACCAACCUGUCCUAUUAUCAYCUGGUCCCCUUCGAGACGGACAUUUUGGACUGAGCCCCUCCAUUGGGACUCCCCCCACCUCAGCCCUUGACUGCAUGUCCUGACGCUGUCCAAAGCUGCCACUCAGGCCUGGAUUUCCYAGGGUCCCAGACCCCAUCCCUGGUGAGGGCUGGUGUCCGACAAUUGGAGCUGCAGGGCUUCUUGGUGGCUGUGGGCUGAUUGCACGUCUCCAACAACCAGGGCUCAUGUCCCUGAGUCUCCGCAGCCUGCAGUUCUGCGGGGCCUUCUCCUCUCUCUCCGCUUGACACACCAGGAUGCCUCUUCACUCCUGGGACUCGCUGCCUAUGCUCAGUGCCUGCAGGGCGUGCUCUCUGCCAGGCCAGGGGUGCCAGGUUGUGUCUGGCCUCCCUCUCACUGUUACUCCUUCUCUGCGAGGGGCAUUCCCUUAUACCAAUGGCCUCAGACUGCCUGGCUACCUUGACUCCCCACCAUCCCUUCAUACGUGAAAGGCAGGAGGCAUUUCAAGGGGAGAUUUUGACAAGUUGCCAAGUUCUGGAUGACUGAAGCAGGGGAUGUUUAGUAAUCCCGAUUUCCCUGGAACCAGGAUGUGUGGCUUUUGUUUUUGUGUUUCAUCUCUCUGGAAACCAAGUUCGGGGUCAGCCCGGAGGAGUAAACACUUGACAGAAGGUCAAGCACACAUGGGGAGUGUUGGCCUCAGAGCAGUGGAAUCAUUGAUGACCAGGUGCGUGCAUGUCUGAACUUGGCCUGAGAGUUAAUGAUGCCCCUCAAGAGCAAAGGAAGCCCUUUCUUGGACCGCCAGCUCCUCUCAGUCAGCCCUUCCACUUGGGUGUGAUGCUGUUACUACCGCCUGCAGGCGGCGGGGGUUCCUCUCUCCUGCCCUCGGUGCCAUCGUUGUCAUAAUGAACCUGAAAGGAUGGAAUUGGAAGGAAAGCUCAGGGCCCCGGGCCUACAGRGGUGGGUCUGGGUUCUCUGAGAUUUAUCUCCCCGGUGUCUACUAACGACCAGCAUUUGCUAAUGUAAAUAAUAGUAAAUUAUUGAGAAUUCUAAUUCUUUUAC